GGUUCUGCCUUCCAUGGGCCCCAGGAUGAAGGCUGCCAGCAUUUUGGCCCUGAUUGGCUGUCUGGCCACGGUCACUGAGCCCAAAAUCUACCCUCGCUGUAAACUGGCAAAGAAACUGUUGAGGGCUGGCAUGGACAAUUUCCAGGGCUUUAGCCUUGAAAACUGGAUCUGCAUGGCAUACUAUGAGAGCCACUACAACACCACGGCUCAGAACGUGCUGAAGGAUGGAAGCAUCGACUAUGGCAUUUUUCAGAUAAACAGUUACACGUGGUGCCGACGUGAGGAACUAGAAGAGAUUAACUUCUGUCAUGUUGCCUGCUCCGACUUGCUCACUGACGACCUGACAGAUGCGAUUAUCUGUGCCAAGAAAAUUGCUCAUGAGACCGAAGGGAUGAACUAUUGGCAAGGCUGGAAGAAGCACUAUGAGGGCAGGGACCUGUCUAAGUGGAAAAGAGGAUGUGAGGUUCCAUAG